AUGAAGUCCCAAACCGUCCUAUCUAUCCUUUUUGCUGCUUGCAGCGUCAUCGCCGCUCCAAUUGACACCCAGGUCAACGAACUGGCUUGCACCUUGUCCGGUGACAUGGCCUGUGCCGGCGUUGUCGAGAAGCGCGAGGAGCCAGAGGUUAACGAACUGGCUUGCACCUUGUCCGGCGACAUGGCUUGUGCCGGUGUCGUCGAGAAGCGCGAGGAGCCCGAGGUCAACGAACUGGCUUGCACCUUGUCCGGCGACAUGGCCUGUGCCGGCGUCGUCGAGAAGCGCGAGGAGCCAGAGGUCAACGAACUGGCUUGCACCUUGUCCGGUGACAUGGCCUGUGCCGGCGUCGUCGAGAAGCGCGAGGAGCCCGAGGUCAACGAACUGGCUUGCACUUUGUCCGGUGACAUGGCCUGUGCCGGCGUCGUCGAGAAGCGCGAGGAGCCCGAGGUCAACGAACUGGCUUGCACUUUGUCCGGUGACAUGGCCUGUGCCGGCGUUGUUGAAUAG